AUGGCUAAGAACAGACGUAGAAACAAGUCCAAAGCUGCGAAAAAAGCUGUACAAGCUGAAGUAGAGAAGGCAGCUACAAAUGUAGUGAAACCUGGAGACAAAAACCAGGCCAAAUCAGUAGCCAAAGCAGGAUCUCAGGCAGCUGCAGUGGCAGAGAGUAAAGCAGUGUCUAAGAAAAAGACUAUUGCUGAGAAGAAGAAGGGAGCCAUGACAGAUUCCAGUCCUAAGACUGAGGCUAGUGCUGAGUCGAAGUCCAAAUGUAACAAUAAAAUUGGUAUUGAUGCAUGUCUCUGGGCUGAGGAAGGAACCAGUGUGAGUUCCCAGCCUGGGAAUGCAGAAGGAGGUAAUAGUUCUACUGUUAAAAAUGAAGUGAAGGAUAAGGACACUGGUUCCGCUCCCUGUGUUGGAAAGUCAGAGCCUGUGUCUGGAGCCAGUUCCAAGGCUAAGCCAGCACCUAAGGAGGAGGAGGAGGAGUAUGACGUUAUUGGGAGUUGGUUUUGGGAUGGAGAUGAAACUAGUUUUGAUCCUAAUCCUAGACCUGUGAGCAGAAUAAUUAAGCCCCAGCCUGUGGAUGAAAUUAAUGAAAAAGAUAGGCCAAGGGACUGGUCUGAGGUAACCAUCUGGCCCAAAGCCCCUGCUAUAACACCAGCAGUGUUAGGAUAUAGAUCCCAGACCCCAUCGGAGCCAAAGCCACCUUCAUUUAUUGUUCUUGCCUCAGCUGAUGAUAAUACCAGUUCUAAGUCUGAAGCAGGGGCAACAGGAGAAGGGGCAGAAGCAUGCUCUUCUAGUGAGAUUCCCACUUGUACCCAAGCUGAAUACCCAUUUGGUUCUGAACCUUGUGUCCAAACCAUAGAGGAGAUCAGACGCCAGAUCAAGAUCAGAGAGAUGAAUGGGAUUAAACCAUUUGCUUGUCCUUGCAAAAUGGAGUGCUAUAUGGAUUCUGAGGAAUUUGAAAGACUUAUUUCCUUACUUAAGUCAACUACUGAUCCUCUCAUCCAUAAAAUAGCUCAAAUUGCAAUGGGGAUCAUUGAUGUGCAUCCAUUUGCCCAAGAGUUUAUUAAUGAGGUGGGUGUAGUGACACUUAUUGAAAGCUUACUCAGCUUUCCUUCCUCUGAAAUGAGAAAAAAGGCUGUGAUUACUCUGAAUCCCCCUUCUGGGGAUGAAAGACUUCGCAAGGCUGAAUUACAUGUUAAGCAUAUGUGCCAGGAAACCAUGUCUUUCCCCUUAAACUCACCUGGACAACAAUCUGGAUUAAAGAUACUUGGGCAACUGACUAUUAAUGCUAACCAUCACCACAUUGUUUUGGGUUACUUUCCAGGAUUUUUCAAUCUGUUGUCCCAGGGAAAUCGUAAAACCAGAAAUCUUGUUUUGAAAGUACUUUUGAAUCUGUCUGAAAGUCCAGUUGCUGCCAGAGAUAUGACCGGCACAGAGGCAUUAGCAGCAUUAAAACUAAUAUUUAAUCAGAAAGAAGCAAAGGCUAAUCUUGUCAGUGCUGUGGCCAUAUUUAUUAACAUAAAGGAGCACAUCAGAAAGGGCUCAAUUGUAGUUGUUGAUCAUGAAAGUUAUAAUUCACUUAUGGCCAUUUUCCGUGAAGUUAAAGGGAUUAUUGAAACAAUGUAA